UAGAACUUGAAGGGCUACCACUUAUAUUUGUGUAACUCUUAGUAAACAUACGACUCCGGGAUGAAGAUCGUGCAGGAUAUUCGAGCUAUAGCCAGGCCCUCGCAGAUCUGCGCCUUGCUUCCCUUUUAUGCAGGGAACGAAGAGGAGAGUUUUCGGUUUGGCAGACUGGGUCGCUGGUAUGGACGCCUGGUGGCCUUAGUCAUACUAAUAAGCUCCCUUCUUUUCGGCCAAGACGUGCUCUUCGCGUCCAGCGAAUACAGAUUGGUGGCCAAUAACCAAGGGGACACCGAGGAAAUCAACCGGACCAUCGAGACACUCCUCUGCAUCGGCAGCUAUACGAUGAUGGUCUUGUCCAGUGUGCUGAAUGCAUCCAGGCACUUUCGAAUUCUGCGGGAUAUUGCCAAAAUCGAUGAGUAUCUGGUGGUCAGUGGCUUCCGGGGGAACUACAGCUGCCGGAAUGUGGGCAUCCUGGUCGGAUCGACAGCACUUGGAGUACUCGCGGUGGCCUUCUACUACAUCCACUUUCGAAGUGGCAUUUACUGCAAGAAGCAGGUCAUCCUGCUCCUGGUCUACUCCUUGCAAUUGCUGUACUCCACUGUCUUUGCCAUUUAUCUGCGGACUCUACUGAGGAGUUUGGCGCUACGGAUUGGUUUCCUAAACCAACGCUUAGAUGCAUUCUGCCUUCAGGAAAGUGGUUAUGUGGAUAACUGGCUGGAACUCAGCAAUCUCAUUGAAGUACUCUGCAAAUUCCGCUACAUAACCGAGAAUGUGAACUGCGUGGCUGGAGUGGCGUUGUUAUUCUACUUCGGGUUCUCAUUCUACACGGUGACAAAUCAGAGCUACUUGGCCUUUGCCUCGUUGACGGCCAGUUCAUUGGGUUCCAAGAGGGAUGUGGCCGACACCAUGGGUCUAUCCUGUGCCUGGGUUCUGGCCGAAACCAUCACCAUGGCCAUGAUCUGCAGCGCCUGCGACUGCCUGGCAUCCGAGGCGAAUAGUACGGCCCAGAUCCUGGCAAGGGUCUACGGAAAAAGUAAGCAGAUCCAUAACCUCAUCGACAAGUUCCUCACCAAGAGCCUCAAGCAGGAUCUGCAGUUCACCGCCUACGGAUUCUUUGCCAUCGAUAACUUAACGCUUUUCAAGAUCUUUUCGGCUGUGACCACAUACUUGGUGAUUCUCAUUCAGUUCAAGCAGUUAGAGGACUCCAAAGUGGAUGAAAUUAAUCAGGCUUAA